AGACAUCGCUCGUGAGAUGUGGAUCCGCGACCAUCGUGUGGCUGGGGAUGUCGUCCGUGUUGUGGGCCUACCUCCCUACUUCCAGUGGGAAGAUUUCCCUCAGCCAGUCUACCCGCCGCCUCUCCAUACCUUCAUGAUCACCGGGGAAAAGAUGGUUGAUGCCGCGGACGGGUUCAUGUUGCACACCGUCGAGGAACUUGAAAUGGAAGCACAUAAGGACAUGAUCCAAUGGGUUCGUCCUCGUCGUGUGCUCUGUUUUGGCCCUCAGCUUCCACCGGCUUUGCUGUCUGAAAAUGCGCAUUCAUCUGCUGAGACGCUUGCCAAGCUGGACGUUAACUUCAAUGCAUCCCCUGCAAGUGAUCUUGCCGAUUGCCGGAAUGAUGCCAGUAAUGCAGCGGCUGGAGAGAAACUUGCAGUUGACCCUACCAUUGCUUUCCUUGACAAGGCGCUAGAGAAGUACGGUGUGCACAGCGCACUUUACGUCUCGUUUGGCUCUAUGCUCUUCCCGCCUGAGGCACACAUGAAGGCGCUCAUCGAGACUUUGUUAAACUUAGAAAACCCCUUGCCGUUUAUCAUCCCUAUCUCGACGGGAAGCAUACCGGAGGAUAUGAAGACCGCCAUGGAGCAGUCAGGACGGGGGCUGGUGGUUCAAUGGGCGCCACAGCAGGCGAUACUCUCACAUCCGGCUCUGGGAUGGAUGAUCACCCAUUGCGGAGGUGGAGGAAUGUUCGAAUCUCUGUCUUCAGGUGUCCCUGUCAUUGCCUGGCCCUUCAUGGUCGACCAGCAUCAACAUGCGCUCUGGAUCUCGCAAGUGCUGGACACUGGGUUCGAACUAUUGCAGGUGCGCACUGGCACUCCUGGGCGGCCCGCACUACGUGGAGACAACCCCGGCGGCAUCCUGAUCCUUGGCACAGACGAGGCGAUCAGGAACGAAAUCCGAGACACGUUGGAGCGUGCG